GGCUGCGCUGCGGGGAGGGACGGGGGGUGAGGGGGGGUUCCAGCCGAGCUGUGCCGCUCAGGAUUUCCCCUUUCUCCCUCCAGCACCGCCAUGGAGUUCUCCGAGCUGAUCAAAACGGCGACGGUGGAGAGUGUGCUGCUGUCGUGCGCGGGGCAGCCGGCGGUGAAGGGCACUCUGUGCAUCACCAGCCACCACCUGCUGCUCUCCUCCUGCCCCGGCGGCGAAGGGCAGCCCAGCGCCGUGGAGCUCUGGCUGCUCAUCCGCAACGUGGACGCCGUGGAGAAGAGAGUGCAGAAUGUAGGCUGGUAUCAGCCACCCCGCAGCGGCGGCUCCCCGCGGGACAACAGGCUGGCCGGUUCCUCCGGCACCAUCACACUGCGCUGCAAGGACCUGAAGGUGCUGCAGCUGGAGAUCCCGGGCAUGGAGGAGUGCCUGAACAUCGCCAGCUCCAUCGAGGCCCUUUCCUCGGUGGACUCGGUGAUGAUGAUGUAUCCCUUCUUCCACCGGCCUCAGAGCCUGCGGCUGGAGGAGGGCUGGCCGCGGCUCCCCACGGAGCGACACUUCCAGCAAAUCGCCACGCAGACCACCCAGUGGCGGCUGAGUGACGUGAACCAGGACUUCGCCGUCUGCCCCACGUACCCUCCGGCUGUCAUCGUGCCGGCGGCCGUGAGCGAGGAGACCCUGCGGAGGGCAGCCCGGUUCCGGCAGGGCGGGCGCUUCCCCGUCCUCAGCUACUAUCACACCAGGAACGGCACCGUGAUGCUCCGCAGCGGGCAGCCGCUGACCGGCCCCAACCGCAAGCGCUGCCCCGAGGAUGAGAUGCUGCUGGGGUCGGUGCUGGACGAGGGCGAGCGGGGCUUCAUCAUCGACACGCGCUCAGCCCAGACGGCCAAACAGGCGCGGAUGACGGGAGGUGGCACGGAGCCCAAAUCCUCGUACCCGCAGUGGAAGAGGCUGCAUCGGCCGCUGGAGCGUGGCCGCCCGCUGCAGGAGAGUUUCAUCAAGCUGGUGGAGGCCUGCAACGACGCUUCGCUGGGCAUGGACCGCUGGCUGGGCCGGCUGGAGAGCUGCCGCUGGCUGAGCCACGUUAAGGCAGCCCUCAGCACGGCCUGUUUGGCUGCGCAGUGCCUGGACAGGGAGGAGAGCUGCGUGCUGGUGCACGGAGCAGACGGCACAGACACCACGCUGCUGGUGACAGCGCUGGCACAGGUGAUCCUGGAUCCAGGCUGCCGCACACUGAAGGGCUUCCAGGACCUGCUGGAAAGGGAGUGGAUCCAGGCUGGCCAUCCCUUCCACCUGCGCUGUGCCCGCUCUGCCUACUCACACGCGCGGCUGAAGCAGGAGGCACCACUCUUCCUCCUCUUCCUCGACUGCGUGUGGCAGCUGAGCCGGCAGUUCCCCUUCUCGCUGGAGUUCAGCGAGGGGCUGCUCCUCACCCUCUUUGACAACGCCUACGCCUCCGACUACGGCACUUUCCUCUGCAACAAUGAGAAGGAGAGGUGUCUGUGCAAAGUGAAGGAGAGCACACACUCCCUCUGGGCCUGGCUGGACCAGCCUGAGGAGAGGAAGAAGUGCCUGAACCCCCUCUACUCACCCAACCCGCUGGUCAUCUGGCCCUCAGUGGAGCCCCAGAGCAUCCAGCUGUGGCAGGGCUUGUUCUUUCGCUGGAUCCGCUCGUCCCAGUACCUGGAUGAGGCAUGGGCAGAAAUAUGGCGGUUGGUGGAGGGCAGCGACACGGCUGUCAAGGAGAGCGCAGAGAACAGACUGAGCCGCUCGCUGUCCGACCCGGCUGCCCGGCUGGAGAAUGAGAGAUGAGUGGCAGCGCGAGCAGCGCGUCCUGGAGAUCAUCCCCCAUCGCCAGGGCUGAGGCACCAAGGCCAUGCUGCAGCUCUGCAGGAAGCGCUGUGCGGGACGCACGCCCUGCGGAGCCCAGAGGAGCCUGCGCAUAGCAGAGCUGUGGGGACAUCGCUGGGAGAGGGGGAAGGACUGCAGCUUCCUGUCAGCCAUGCAGCCCGAGCACAUCACAGUAAAGUGGUCUCUGUUUGCUCCUGCUUUCCAUGUGUGUUCUGUGGCCAGAGCUGGGCUGUUUCUGCUCUGUUGCCCAGUGGGAUUUCAGCAGCUCUCAUACCUGGACCUGGCAGCAGGAUGCCCGUGUGCCCAGCAGCUCUUGCUGCCAUGUAUCUGGCCCGCGGGCCCUGCCCUGUGCCCAAGCUGUGGUUGGCACAGCAAAAUCUAAGCAGCAGAACACGCUGAGCUCACAGCAGCCUCUCCACCAAGGGCGUGCUGGCUGCAGGUU